AGCCGCGGACUGCUGAAGGCAAGGCGCCCAGCCCGCGCCGCCACCGAGACCCCAAAGCCCGGCUCCCACCCGCAGGCCGACCGGCCGGCAGCCCGGGGUCGCCGGGGCCGUCGGAGGGCAGCGGAGAGCGCGCCGAGCGAGCAGAGGCCGGCGGGAGGCGAGGCGAUCGCCGCAGCAAUGCCGGGCCCGCUGCUCCGGCUGCUGUGCCUGCUCGCCCUGGGGCUGCGCGGCUCCGCCGAGCCCAGCGGCGCGGCGCCCGCCCCGGCCCUGUGCGCGGCGCCCUGCAGCUGCGACGGCGACCGGCGGGUGGACUGCUCCGGGAAGGGGCUCACGGCCGUGCCCGAGGGGCUCAGCGCCUUCACCCUAGCGCUGGAUAUCAGCAUGAACAACAUUACUCAAUUACCAGAAGAUGCUUUUAAGAACUUCCCUUUUCUGGAGGAGCUACGAUUGGCUGGCAACGACCUUUCUUUUAUCCACCCAAAGGCCUUGUCUGGGUUGAAAGAGCUCAAAGUUCUAACCCUCCAAAACAAUCAGUUGAAAACAGUGCCCAGUGAAGCCAUCCGAGGACUGAGUGCUUUGCAGUCUUUGCGUCUGGAUGCCAACCACAUCACCUCAGUCCCCGAGAACAGCUUCGAGGGGCUCGCUCAGCUCCGCCACCUGUGGCUGGAUGACAACAGUCUGACGGAGGUGCCCGUGCACCCCCUCAGCAACCUGCCCACCCUGCAGGCGCUCACCUUGGCUCUCAACAAAAUCUCCAGCAUCCCCGACUUUGCGUUCACCAACCUGUCCAGCCUGGUGGUCCUGCACCUUCAUAACAAUAAAAUUAAAAGCCUGGGUCGACACUGUUUUGAUGGACUAGAAAACCUGGAGACCUUGGACUUGAAUUAUAACAACUUGGGGGAAUUUCCCCAGGCUAUUAAAGCCCUUCCUAGCCUAAAAGAACUGUUAUUUCAUAGUAAUUCUAUAUCUGUUAUCCCUGACGGAGCAUUUGAUGGUAAUCCACUCUUAAGAACUAUACAUUUGUAUGAUAAUCCUCUAUCUUUUGUGGGGAACUCGGCAUUUCACAAUUUAUCUGAUCUGCAUUCCUUAGUCAUUCGUGGUGCCAGCAUGGUGCAGCAGUUCCCCAAUCUGACUGGGACCGUCCACCUGGAGAGUCUGACCUUGACAGGCACGAAGAUAAGCAGUAUAUCCAGUAAUCUGUGCCAAGAACAAAAGAUGCUCAGGACUUUGGACUUGUCCUACAACAAUAUAAAAGACCUCCCAAGCUUUAAUGGUUGCCAUGCUCUGGAAGAAAUUUCUUUGCAACGUAAUCAGAUCCGCCAAAUCAGAGAAGGCACUUUUCAAGGCCUCAUAUCCCUAAGGAUACUAGAUCUGAGUAGAAACAUGAUCCAUGAAAUUCACGACAGAGCUUUUGCCAAGCUUGGGUCAAUAACUAACCUAGACGUAAGUUUCAAUGAAUUAACGUCAUUUCCUACGGAAGGCCUGAAUGGGCUAAAUCAACUGAAACUUGUGGGCAACUUCCAGCUGAAAGAAGCUUUGGCAGCAAAAGAUUUUGUUAAUCUCAGGUCGUUAUCUGUACCCUACGCUUAUCAGUGCUGUGCAUUUUGGGGUUGCGACUCUUACACCCAUUCAAACACGGAAGAUAAGAGCCUCCAAGAACACAGCGUGGCCAAGGAUAAAGGUCCCGCCGAUGCCGCAGGGGUCACUGUCAGUGCUGACAAUGAGGAGCACAGUCAGAUAAUUAUCCACUGCACACCUUCAACAGGUGCUUUUAAGCCCUGUGAAUAUUUACUGGGAAGCUGGAUGAUCCGUCUCACCGUGUGGUUCAUUUUCCUGGUGGCGUUGUUUUUCAACCUGCUGGUCAUUUUAACCACGUUUGCACCUUGCACCUCACUGCCUGCCUCCAAAUUGUUCAUAGGCCUGAUUUCCGUGUCCAACUUGCUCAUGGGAGCCUACACCGGCAUCCUGACGUUCCUGGACGCCGUGUCCUGGGGCCGGUUUGCCGAAUUCGGCAUCUGGUGGGAGAUGGGCAGCGGCUGCAAAAUAGCCGGCUUCCUCGCCGUGUUCUCCUCGGAGAGUGCCAUCUUCCUGUUGAUGCUCGCCGCCGUGGAGCGGAGCUUGUCUGCCAAGGAGAUCCUGAAGAGCAGGAAAGGCAAUCAUCUCAGACAGUUCCGGGUGGCCGCCCUGCUGGCUUUCGCGGGGGCCGGCGUGGCGGGCUGCUUCCCCCUCUUCUUCCCCGGCGGGGAGUACUCGGCCUCCCCGCUGUGCCUGCCCUUCCCCACGGGGGAAGCGCCCUCCCUGGGCUUCACCGUGACCCUGGUGCUGCUCAACUCGCUCGCCUUCCUGCUGAUGGCCGUCCUCUACACCAGGCUCUACUGCCAUCUGGAGAAGGAGGACCUGGCCGAGGGCUCGCACUCGGGCGCCAUCAAGCACGUGGCCUGGCUCAUCUUCACCAACUGCAUCUUCUUCUGCCCCGUGGCCUUCUUCUCCUUCGCGCCCCUCAUCACCGCCGCCACCGUCUCGGUCAGCCCCGAGAUCAUGAAGUCCGUCACGCUCAUCUUCUUCCCGCUGCCCGCCUGCCUGAACCCGGUCCUGUACGUCUUCUUCAACCCGCGGUUCCGGGAGGACUGGAAGCUGCUGCGGCGGCACCUGGCCAGGAAGGGCGGCGCGGUGGCCGUGUCCAUCGGCAGCGGCGGCAGCAGCCAGGCGGGCUGCAGCGGGGAGCAGGACUUCUACUACGACUGCAGCGGCGUGUACUCGCACCUGCAGGGCAACCUGGCCGUGUGCGACUGCUGCGAGGCCUUCCUCCUGACCAGGCCCGUGGCCUGCAAACACUUGAUCAAGUCGCACAGCUGCCCUGCGCUGGCGGUGGGCUCGUGCCCGAGGCCCGACGGCUACUGGUCGGACGGUGGCACGCAGUCGGCCCAUUCCGAUUAUGCGGACGAAGAAGAUUCCUUUGUCUCUGACAGCUCCGACCAGGUGCAGGCCUGCGGACGGGCCUGCUUCUACCAGAGCCGAGGCUUCCCUUUGGUGCGCUAUGCUUACAACCUGCCCAGAGUGAGAGACUGAGUCUCGGUGUGUUGGGGACUGUAUCCCACCCCCCUCCCCCGCAACCAGCCAAAAUCGCAGUGCUUAGAGAGUGGACGGACUCUACGUCUGAUCUUUCCUCUGGGAAGUGCUUCUGUGACCACUGCCUGGUGUCCCUUAGGAGGAGGAGGAGGAGGAGGUGGCAGACGUCUUUCAAAGAACAAGUGCCUCAACGAUCCCUUGGUGAAAAAAAAAAAUCCAGCAUCCGAGCGACGUGUGGUGUGUUUGGAACAACCCUGUCCCUUGGAAAGGUUUUCUGUAGAGCCUAGCAUUCUGAUGUGAGGUUUCUCUGAAGUUUGCCUAAGCGGCAAAGGGUUACCUGUUUCUGAAGUAAGCACAGGAUAAAGAACAGCUGUUAAUAUAUUUCUAAGAAUAUUUUUUAAAACGUGGUUUCACACAACUGAAGAAAAAGCCUUGCUAAUGUUACCCUAAUGUUUGAUCAUUAUUAAUCUCAGGACAACGGACUUCAGGGCCAAAAAGGGGAUCAUCUCCCAGGGGGGACUGCGAGGGUGAAUGUAGGCCUUAGGUUGUUGUGUUUUCUGUUUCCACCUUGGACAUAAUGGAUUCGUACAUUUUCUUGGAGUGAUUUGUAAAUCUUAAAACCGAAGAUGUUUUUAAAACAAUAUUAAUGACUAUUCGAUUUUAAAAGAAAGCAUGAGCAUUUGAUUUUAGUCGUUUUUACAUGGCUUUGGCGCGACCAGUCAUUAUUUCCCCGAGUGUUUUGUCAUCACACUACUAUGAAAAAUAAAGGGCUAAUUGCGGUGUGGGUUUAGUAGGUUUGGCUAAACUGCUAACUAACAUCGGAGUUUAAUAGUAUCUGAGGGAUCUGAUGGCUCUGUGUAAUGUUCCCAUUAAUGAACACUUCCUAGUAUCAUUGGCUUUACGGAUGUUUUCCAGUUUUGUUGGUAUGUUACCUACUUAUAUUUUGAAUUAUACAGAAAGAAAACUGUGGUAAGUAAUUGCAUUUAAUUGGAAGAAAUUGGGAGUCAUUAUGAUACAAAGCACUUACAUUUAUUUCUUAGCUGGAUUCUCCUAAACUUAUGCUGUUUCAUGGACGUUUCCAUAAUUUGCCCUUAGAGUAAUUUACAAAAAGCCUGUGAAACAAUAGUUCACAGUUUAGAUAUUGUGUUAUUGUGAAACAGGACACAUGUCAUUAAAGAAGAAGAAGAAGGGAUAAAAAUUAAUAAAGUUUAGGCCCAUGUCUUUAAAAAUUAAAAUUUUUAUUUGAUUAUCAUCUAUGGACUUUUGACAUGUCACAAUGUGGGGUCUUAAAGUUAUAAAUGAUCAAUAUGUUUUUUGAACAAUAUGCUAAAUCAUUAGCAAACCCACUGCCAUAUUAGUUUUUCAGGAUAUACUAAAAACAUUAAGCUAGAUUGCAGUUUAAUAAUUAAACUGUAUAUACUGUGCAUAUAAUGAAUUUUUAUCUUAUGUAAAUUAUUUUUAGAACACAAGUUGGGAAAUGUGGCUUCUGUUCAUUUUGUCUAAUUAAAGCUACCUCCUAAACUAUAGUGGCUGCCAGUAGCAGAAUGUUAAAUUGUGGUUUAUAUACUUUUUGCAUUGUAAAUAGUCUUGGUUGUACAUUGUCCAUGUAAUAAAAACAGAAUCUUUGUAUAUCAAAAUCAUGUAAUUUGUAUAAAAUGUGGGAGGGAUUUAUUUACAGUGUGUUGUAAUUUUGUAAGGCCAACUAUUCACAAGUUUUUAAAAUUGCUGUCAUGUUUGUAUAUUUACACAUUGAUAAAUAUUAAAUCAUAACUUGGUAAAAAAAAAAAAA